AAAAACAUCAUAAAAGAUUGCCAAUUCGAACCAAGGAAAUCAAAACACAUUACUCACUUUCAAAAAUGUAUCUUCCUUUCUUCUUCGUUCUCACCCUCUUGGUAUCCCUCCACUCAGCCACCGCCGGAGACUACUGCGUCGCCGACUUGAAACAACCCGAAGGCCCAUCAGGCUACUCAUGCAAGACCCCUGCUAAGGUCACCGUCGACGACUUCGUCUUCCACGGUCUCGCCACCGUCGGAAACACCUCAAACAUAAUCAAAGCCGCCGUCACCCCCGCUUUCUCCGCUCAAUUUCCCGGUGUUAACGGCCUUGGACUCUCCAUCGCCCGUCUCGACAUCGCUGCUGGUGGUGUUAUCCCAAUGCACACCCACCCUGGUGGUUCUGAAGUCCUCGUCGUCAUCCAAGGCUGUAUUAAAGCUGGGUUUAUCGAUUCAGCUAAUGAUGUUUAUGUCAAAACACUUAACCGUGGUGAUGUGAUGGUUUUCCCACAGGGUUUGCUUCAUUUCCAGAUUAAUGCUGGGAAAUAUCCUGCUAUUGCUUUUGUUAGUUUCAGUAGUCCGAGUCCUGGACUUCAGAUUACUGAUUUUGCUUUCUUUGCGAAUGGGCUUCCUACUGAGCUUGUUACAGGGACGACUUUUAUUCCAGGAGAUGUGGUGAAAAAGCUUAAGGCUGUUCUUGGUGGGAAAAACUAAUUAAUUAAUGCAUGGCUUAAUUAAUUAAAUAAUUAGUAUGCCUUUGUUCGUUGAAAUUUGAGUUCUGUUUUCAGAAAUUGUAUCUGUUUAAUUAGUUCAAUUUUUGUUUGGGUGUAUUAAUGUAAUUGUAUUUCCUUUAUGUGGUCAAUCUCAUUCUUUUGCCAUUGGCACA